ACAGCGGCGGAAGGUGCCCCACACGCACGCACACACACACACACACACACACACGAGGCAGAAGUUGGGCUCCCGCUUCCUGACUGACACACACUGUCUGCUCUGGCACGAGUCUAACCGACGAGACGUCCGACCGAGCAGCUUCUGCUAAGCUAAAAGGAGACCGACACUCCCCCUCCUAACCGUCUGUCUGUCUGUCUGUCUGUCUGUGGACUCGCCCAGGACGGUCUGCCCUCGUCCUCGCUGACACUCACCCCCCUCCGCUCCCACAACCAGACUGACAGGACCUCUGAGCUCUCCACAGCGACGAACUCCAGCGCCUCAGCGGCUCCGGGUCAGCGCGGCUGGGGGCUCGGCACCGAUGGCUUCGUUCAACGCGUCCGUUUCUGAGGAGACCAAGUCCAAAGUGGCGCAGGACGAUGCUAACCGGACACGGAACCAAACAGGUCAAUGUGCUCCCAUGCAGUCUCCGGUUCUGGGUACGCUAAAGCUAGUGGCGGGUAAUGGCACCAGUGUUGGAACCGUGAUGACCUUACAGUGCCCCUACAAGCACCGAGUGGUCGGCGGUGGACGGUUGUCCUGCGUGCAGGACAGUAACACUGCGCUGUGGAGUGGGGGAGUCCCCGAGUGUAGACCAGUCUCACGGUAUGAGGAUGAAGGCUUCCGUCUGGCUUUGCUUGCGUCCAUCAUCAGCUCAGCCAUUAUCAUUUUCAUGAGCAUCAUCUUCAUCACCUCGUGCCUGGUGAAGCGUGUGAGAAAAGAGGAAAGGAGACGAAUGGAAAGAGAGAGAAGGAAGAGAGAAGAUGCAGCAUAUUGGCAGCACAUGGAGCAACAGGAAAUGACAGAAGAUUUUUAUAGCCAAAAAGGGAGAAAUAACAACAACAACAACAGCAAGCAACCGCAAUGUACUCCUCAACCCAUACAUCAGGCUGUAGCUGAUAUCCAGCCACGCACGUUUAGUGAUCAGAAGGCUGCGUGCAGGUAUCAUCAGCAAGACUAUCAUCUGAGCAUCCACUCCAGCCAGCCUCACCUCAAAGCAAUGCCCCCCGCCUCUUAUAUAAACACCCAGACCACAUGUGUCCUACAACCUCUUAAAACACAUAUUCCACCCCCACUACCCUGCAGUGGAUAUGAUCCCACUUUGGAACAGCCACCGUGGAGACAAUCCAUGCCGACCUUGAUGGUCAGCCAGGACAGUGCGGUCUCAAGUGCAGAUGGACAAAGCCUGGAGGACCCAUUCUGGAAAGGUCAACAUCCACUUGAUGCAAAAAGCCCACCGAUCUGGGUUAUAUCUGUUUGAAUAGUUGUUCUACAGCAAUAAAUCAGACUGUUUGCCUGUUAUGGAUGGACCACUAAACUAUUUGGUUGCUAAUACAAAGGCAACCAUGAACUGAGACUGAGAAGGUCACUUAACAGAGCAGUAAGACGAAACCUUGUCUCCGGCCUGGGCUCUUAACUGAGAAUGAGUCCUUCUUACAAUGUUGUUUUUUAUUAUGUGUGCCUUAAAAGCAGCUUCAGAAACAGAUAGGAACACUCCUGUUCUUAGAAUCAUGUGUUCCUCUAUAACUUUAUGCUAACCCUAAUCUGAACACCCGACACUUCUGUUUAUUAAUGAGCUACUGUAAGUUGUAGGAUUAUCAAUUUGUGCAUUGAACUGCAAUAAUGCUGAUGUAGAUGUGAGAUCCAGUGGUUCAUUAUUGUUUCUACAAGCCAGUUAAUGACAAGGUUAAUGUAUAAUUAAUAAUCAUAAUAGGCUAUGUAUCAUCACACUGCGCUGGUGCUUGUUUUGUCCAUUUCAUCUGGAUAAAUAUCUGUAAAUAUAUAUCCAAACAAGGACUUUUCUGGUCAGAAACUGACUGCUGAUAACAGGGCCCAAGCAUGGCUACCACAAACUGAAUGGCAACACUUGGGUUGUAGUUUCUGCCUGUGUAUAAAGGCUGGUGAGAAUGUACAGACAUAUUUGGCUUAUUUUUUCUCUCUUUAUCUACCUCGCUCUCAUUUCCACCUUACGUAUGCUGUUUAUCCCUCCCAUUACCUUGAAAAUUACAAACAUCUUUUGUCCUUUACUGCAGCAAUUUAAACCUCUGGGAAAUAUAUCUUAGUUCUUUCACUACUAUGGGUAAAGUCAGGGCCUCAAAGCAGAGGCAAGUUUUUUGAAGACCAUAAAACAGCAUAUUAUGUUGAUCUCAAUGUAAUCCAAAACAGCCAAAAUAACUAAAAUGCUGAUGUUUCUUAUGAUUUAUACAGUUAAAACAACCUGGGGUCAAACUGACUCCAAAGGACACUGAUGUGUACAAAAUGUGACAGGACAUUGAAAACAUCACCAUCAACAUAAAAUUCAGUUUAUGUUUACCCAGUUGUGCCCAUUAAAGUAGGAAAAGUCAUUAAAUAGAAAGCAAAAAAAUGCUGUCAAUCAUUUAUUUGGAGAUGUUACAUUUUGCCUGAUAAUGGGAGGAUUAAACAUAACAAAUGUUUGUGGGGGAUAUUAGAUGUGAGCUUCACCUACAGUAGCACAUUCAUUAGACUUGUUGAUCUGGGGAUAUAAACUUUGAAAACUUAACAAAAGUUUUAAUAUAUUUUAUUUACGCGUUUUCUUUGGUGGACUUUUAACUGAAUUGACUACUGUGUGAUUUUUCGAGUAAAGGUUUAUUUGAACAUAG